AUGGAUACACAAACUCAUUUAGAAGAUUUAUCAAACGAGAUUUUCUUCGAAAUAUUUGAUUAUUUACAUGCACUUGAUAUUUUCACUGCAUUUGCUUCAUUGAAUAAACGAAUUGCAUCGAUAUUACAAUCAACUCCACUUCGUGUUCUUGUUUCAAAAAUUCAUUGUCGUAAUCAAAUUGAUUUUCUUUCUUCUCAUCUUACUUUUCGUGCUCAUCAAGUUAUUUCAAUAAAAAUAAGUGAUACAAUUCGUGAUGAUAUAUCUAUGAUUAGUUUAUUAUUUAAUCGACAUAAUUUUAUUAAUCUUCAAUUUUGUAUGCUUAUCACAGUCCAUCGAUCAACGAAACUUGAUAAUGUUAUUAAACAAAUAAAAACUUGUGAUAAACUUGUUUCAUUUAAUAUUUUUAAUCCACAUGAUGAAACUAUGAAUGAAAGUGAUAAAUGUGAAUUAGUCCGAACUAUGUUUAUGCACAAAUCAUCUUCUCUUCGUUCAAUUGUCCUUCUGUAUACUUAUGAUUAUUCCAAUAUUUCAAAUAAUAUUUCACUAUCUUCAAAUGUUACAUUAUUAUAUUUAUGUAUAAAUGAUUCACCUUCAAGCACAUCUAUUCAUUCAAUUUUAGCAAUUCUUCGUCUUUGUCAUAGAGUACGUUAUAUAGGCAUAAUAGUGAAAGAGAACAGUCUGGUUGACAAUAAUAAUAUCUAUGUUCCAAUUACAAUACCAUCUAUCAAUGAAAAUGAUCUUCCUGUAUUAUCACAAGCGGUCUCGCUCGAACUGAUACUUUUUGUUGCAUGGAAUAAUUAUUUAAUUGCUUAUAUAUUGCGUUGUAUGCCUAAUCUUAGGUAUUUCUUUUUUACAUUUGGACCAUACAUAUCAAAACACUUCUUUCCUAUUGAAUUGCUCGACGGUUAUGUAUGGCAAGAAAUAUUAGAACUUUAUGUUCCAUAUUUAUCGAAAUUUGAAUUUCAUAUGUCAAUUUGGAAAUGUUAUCCACCAACCGAUUUGGAUAUUGUUAUUGAUUCAUUCAAACAUUUUGUUAGAAAAUAUUCUAAUUGGCAUAUGAUUAUUGAUCAAUGA